AUGUCGGCUUGCGGUCUGUGUGUUUGCGGCUCCGUGGGCGGGGGGCCCUCUCCGGCGGUGAUCGAGUUCGGUUUCAACUCUUUUGCCAACUCUGUUACCGCCGGCUUUGUUAUCGACUCCGCCGGCUUUGAUAUCGACUCCGCCGGCUUUGUUAUCGACUCCGGUGUCGGCUUUGCCGUCAACUCUGUUGUCAACUUUUUUGUCGGCUUUGCCGUCGGCUUUGCCGUCAACUCUGUUGUCGACUUUGUUGUCGGCUUUGCCAUCAACUCUGUUGUCGACUCUGUUGUCAACUCUGUUGUCGGCUUUGCUGUCGACUCUGUUGUCAACUCUGUUGUCAACUCUGUUGUCAACUCUGUUGUCAACUCUGUUGUCGGCUUUGCCGUCAACUCUGUUGUCAACUCUGUUGUCGACUCUGUUGUCGGCUCUGUUGUCGGCUCUGCCGAUCCACGGAGGAUAGCGCAGAUGCAUGUUGCUAUCAGUCCAGACUGUUCUGAAAUUCACGCAAGGUUCCAUUUUCGACGUGACGUGAGCAUGCACAGUAUGAUGAGCAGAGCUGAACACGAUUGGGAGAUAGCAGUGCCUCGGGAUAGAUUGAGCUUCUCAUCGAUCUGCUGCAUCUGUCUUGUGAAUAGUGCUUCCGCUGUCAUCCACUGUGGACAUCCGGCGUGUCUUGAGUGUCUUCAUACCGGGUAUGUUGGGAGAUGUAUGCUUUGUAGAGCAUUCGCCACUCCCAACCAGUGCUUCCUUCUCCCAGCCAGUUUAGCAAUUGUGCCUGAACCUGAAGAAUCUGUCGUCGACAAUUCUCUGAUAGUUCUGGAAACUAAUGCUGCUGGUUUCCGUGUCGACCGUGAGGAAGUUGGACAGCGCCUAAUGCGUCAUCUGAGACAAAUUUGCUCAGAUCCUAGAGCUUCUAGCAUGGAGCAGCUGUUGGAAGAGCGCAGAAGACUCUUUCAUCAGAACAUGUCCCCGAAUGCGCAGAGCCACUGUGAUUUUGGUCACUUGAAUUUGGCGCGAUUCAACCCUGUCGAGAUCACUGUGAAUAGUGCCAGGACCCUCAACUCCAUUCAAUUGCGAGUGGGACAACAAGUGCAUCACCAGCUGAACAUUCGAGCGCACAGCGAUAUCGUCUCUACCUCGACUGGGCAGAUGAACGUGUUUGAGCGACACAUGAGCACUGUGACACAGAGCUAUCAAUUCAAUCCGAUAGCUCGCUACACGAUGCAAAGGAAUGCGAUGUUGGCGUACACGAAUUACUUCCGCUACAUUGACACGACCGGUCCGCGAGCAGUUCUCGAUGUUGAGGAAGUCUCUCUUGAGGAUGACUUGGAUGAUCUCUUCAACGAUGAUCUGGCAGCUGUUGAAUUGGAGCUCUUCGAAAGAAGCAGACGUCAACUCAGUCGAUCAGAAGAAGAUCUGGUUGUGGAUUUGGAUUCUGAUUCUUCAAACGAAGCAUUGGUAUUGUUUUCGAAUCACGUGAUCCACGACGUCGAGUUGAGACUGCCGGACCUAGCGCUCAACAGGAAACGGUUGCUGGAUCCAGUGCUCACCAGGAAGCGGUUGCUGCACCUAGUGCUCACCAGGAAGUGGUUGCUGGACCCAGUGCUCACCAAGAAAUGGUUGCUGAACCUAGUGCUCACCAGGAAGUGGUUGGUGGACCCAGUGCUCACCAGGAAGCUGUACCUGGACCCGGAAACCUGCUACACCAUGAAACACAGGUUGGCGGACCCGACAAUCUGCGUAGAGCAUCAGAGGACCCACCCAAUCUUCCAACAAGGAGUGGGAGAUCGUCCGAUGGGAUAA